CAGACGCGUUGUGGUGUAUUUUGGCCAUGCUCUCUCGCCAUCUCCAGUCAAAACACAACAUGGCGUCUGCAGAAUCCCAACCGCGGUUCGGCCAAUCUGUCAAAGGCUUACUCUCCGACAAAGUGGGCUCCUGUAGCGGGGAUGUGAUCGCUCUGACACGGCAGGUGCUAAAGGGAUCCCGCAGCCAGGAGCUUCUUGGACAAGCAGCAAGGAAUAUGGUGAUCCAGGAGGACGCCAUCCUGCACUCUGAGGAUAGUCUGAGAAAAAUGUCCAUUAUCACGACACAUCUACAAUACCAGCAGGAAGCCAUCCAGAAGAACGUAGAGCACUCCAAAAACCUGCAGGACCAGCUGAGACACCUUCUGAAGUGAUGCCCCCCCCCCCCAACAAUGACACUAAGGCUCUACAAUGCAAGAGCCUGGGAACAUGUUGUAUUGAAUAAUGUCAAAUGUUUUGAAUCCAUUGCGUUACGUUAGUGUAUGAAGUUCUUUGUUAGUGUCAUCUUGGCUAACUGUAAAUCAGGGAGGGAGGGGGAGUCGAUGGUAAAGGAACACAUUGUUCUCAGUGGAGUCAGAGAAUUUUACCACCGAGUAACUUCCGUAAUACCUACAUAUAUUCAUGUUCUGAGAAGCAAGAAGCCAGGCAGUGAACAUGAUCUGGAGAACACAUGCUGAAGGCCCGUCGGUUCAACAUGUUCACUUCCUGUUGGUGACGGCUGCUGUGACACACGUACCGACUUCCAGACUUUGCCUCAUUGUCAUUUAAAGGAUCUCUAGAAAAAGUCUGAUGCUUUUUGAACAUGCCAGUGUCACUCCACAGAUUAGUAACCCAGCGCUGUUACAGGAUGACAGGUUGAAGGUCAUGAUUCUAAGAAUUUUUCUCCGCAAAGCUGAGCGCGGGACAGUUAUCGCAGCCUGAGGGCCAAACGGCUGCAUGGCCCUGACACUGUCCCUGAGGCCCUCCCUUCUGCACCUGUCCCCCAAUGGCCCCACAGCCGGUGGAAUCUGGAAAUGUUAUAACUUCCUCAGAAUGUUUUAUCUUGAGAGGGCAUGCAGCUCUGAGAGAAACAGGACUGUGUGUGACAUAUUUGUGAGCCAUGGAGAGGAUAAACUAUACUGAGGGCAUGAUUCAGCUAUACAGUGAAGGAAAUAAGUAUUUGAUCCCCUACAGAUGUGUCAGUUUACCCACUGAAAAAGAACUGAACAGUCUCUACUUUUAAUGGUAGGUUGAUUUUCACAGUGAGAGACGGAAUAUCAGAAAGAACAUCCAGAAAUGUAGAUUAAGAAAAAGAUAUAAAUUGAUUUGCGUUUAAUUGGGGCAAAUAAGUAUUUGAUCUCAUCUGACCACUUCACCUUCUCAGAAGCCUUCUCUGAAUCCUUCAGAGGAUCACUGUGCCUUCUUGAGCAGGGGACCUUGCAGGCCUUUUCUUGGUGACUGUGGUCCCAGCUGCCUUCAGAUCCUUAAAGAGUCCCUCCUGUGUAGUUCUUGGCUGACCCCUCACCUUUCUCAUGUUCACUGAUGCCCCAAGAGGCCAGAUCUUAGAUGUUGGAGCCCCAGAUUGAGGGCGAUUGAUGGUCAUUUUGUGCUUCUUCCAUUUUCUAAUCAUCAAACCAGUUGUCUCCUUCUCACCAAGCUGCUUGUUGGUGGUCUUGUCUUCUAUUCCAGUCUUGUGCCGGUCUACAAUCUUUUCCCUGAUGUCCUUAGACAUUAGUUCCACCACGAUCACAGACCUGUCUCUGGUCUGGCCCUCGGUGGAGAGGUUGUAAUCUGAUUUAUUGACUGUGGACAGGUGUCUUUUAUCCAGGUAAAGAGUUGACAUCAGGAGUACUUUCUUAAAGUGAGAGGACUUAUUUAACCGGUCCGUGGGAGCCAGAAGUCUUGUUGGUUGCAAGGGGAUCAAAUACUUGUUUCCAUCACUGUAUAUGUGCACAAGAUACACUUUUUUUACUUCAAUCUUUCCUAUGUUUUGAUUAACUCAUGGACACAUAUGAUAUCAUUAAAUGAUGUUGAGUCUGUCUCGCAGCCUCCAGCUGCUUCACUUCAGGAGUAGUAAGGGAUUAUUGUCAGUAAAAGGAAGUGAGAAUAUUGAGUGUUUAUGGAUUAUAUAAUCGGCAGUAUAAUGACAUCCCCAGGCAUCUCUUUUAAGGAUGUUUUAGAUUUGGAUAAACCCGACGUGAGACAUGUUCAUGUUUCUUUGAAUCAAGGUUCUUUUGAUUCUAUGCAAUUGUUUUUUUAAAUCUAUUAAAACCACUUAUCUUUGAGAAGAGCUCAACAAAUAAAGUCAUUGUUAUGGUGA